GGACCUGAAAGAGAUAUCCGCCCGCUGCACUGGUUUCCAAAAUAAGAAACACAAAAAGAUUCCUAUUUGGCGCGUGUGAGAUUGCGUUACCGCCGCUGUGACAUCGUUUCCAUGCGCCGGGAGCGGCCUGUGAAAUCCACGCGCCACCUUUGUGGCCUCCAGACCACCUCUAGUGCAGGAAAAUGUGCCUCCCUCCAUCUCUUAGUCUCCUUCUUGUGGCUGAGGAGGGGAGGCAUGUUCUUCUCCACCAAAUAGUCAGGGCCCUUUGCCUUUGGGAUCCGUGAACCACCAUGUUUGGCGGUCAUGUAUUCAGAAUUUUGGUUUCAGCCCCAUACAUUUUUUACAGAAGAAUAUCAAGAUUUGAUUUCCUUAAUCAAAACUUAACACAGCUGGAUGAGAACUCUGAGGAUGAGAGGAAAACAAAGCUUAUGUCUUUCAAGAAGGCAGCAAACAUGAUUACAAACUCCUUCAGUAAGGGUCGAAGGAACAGUAAAGUAAUGUCUUUCCCUAUAGACGAUGGCAUUGAUGCCGAGGAGCUCAAGGCAGCUCAGGAAUUCCGGCAAAUACUUGUAUCCGAAGAACUACUGCCCUCGAAACAUGACGAUUCUCAUAUGUUGCUAAGAUUUUUAAGGGCCCGGAAAUUUGAUGUUGAGAAAACAAAGCAAAUGUGGUCUGACAUGCUCCAGUGGAGGCAGGAAUUUGGUGCUGACACUAUUAUGGAGGACUUCGAAUUUAAGGAAGUCGAUGAAGUCUUAAAAUACUAUCCACAAGGGCAUCAUGGAGUUGAUAAGGAUGGGCGGCCUGUCUACAUUGAGAGACUGGGUCAAGUUGAUUCUAAUAAGCUGCUGCAAGUGACAACAAUGGAACGGUAUAUAAAGUACCACAUACGGGAGUUUGAGAGGACCUUUAUCUGUAAAUUCCCCGCCUGUUCCGUUGCAGCAAAGAAGCACAUUGAUCAGAGUACCACUAUUCUGGAUGUCCAAGGAGUGGGGCUUACAAGUUUAAAUAAAUCUGCAAGGGAACUCAUUCAGCGCCUUCAGAAGGUCGAUGGUGACAAUUAUCCUGAGACCCUGAACCGUAUGUUCAUCAUCAAUGCUGGUUCUGGAUUUAGGCUCUUAUGGAACACCGUCAAAUCUUUCCUUGAUCCCAAGACCACUGCAAAAAUCAAUGUUCUGGGAAAUCAAUAUCAGAGCAAGUUGCUUGAAAUAAUUGAAGCUACUGAGCUACCAGAGUUUUUGGGUGGUAGUUGCACUUGUGCCGAUAAGGGUAGCUGCAUGAUCUCUGAUAAGGGCCCGUGGAACGAUCCAGAAAUAAUGAAGAUGGUUCAGAGUAUUCGUGAGGCCAAAUGCACGAGCAACACUUCAGGCGAUCUGGAGAAGAAAGAGGAGAAACAGGAGAAUCAGGAGAAACAGGAGAAACAGGAAGAGAAAAUCUCUGAGGAGAAGAAAAUCUCUGAAGAGGAGAAGAAAAUCUCUGAAGAGGAGAAGAAAAUCUCUGCAGAGGAGAAGAAAGUCUCUGAAGAGGAGAAGUUAAUCUCCGAAAAUGAGAAGGCUUGCACAAACAGAAUGGAUUCUUUCUGCUCAGAUACGUUUUUAGAGGCUGAAAUGCAUGGGGACUAUCUCUCUUCUGUGCCUGAAGAACUUUCAAUUCCGAGAAUGUAUCCAAUGGGAUAUGACGAUGUUGAUCCAAUGGUUAGCAAGGGAACUGAACGAGAGGCAGAAAGGCUGAAUGCUGCUCUGAAUCGACUCGGUGCCUUGGAACAAGAGCUAUCUUCAACCAAGCAAGUUGAGACGCAGAAAGAAGAAAAGCUAAAGGCUGCUCUUGACCGCGUCAAUGCUUUGGAACAAGAGCUGACAGAAGCCAAGAAGGCACUUGAGGAAGCCCGCCAUAAACAAGAGGAGCUUUUAGCCUCCGUUGACAAGGAAAAGAAAUCUGGCUUAUUCUGUUGGUGACAUGAUCAAUGUAAAAACAUUUAUCUAGUGUGGUGGACUUAGUGGCUCCGGCUUGUGUGGUUCUCUGGAGAGAUGAAAUAGCAUUUGUUAUCUGUGUUUCGCUAUUUGGAAUGACUGGAAUUCUACCUUGCCAAUGGUUUUAUAACAGCAGGCAUUGUCAUUAGUUGAGGUGCUCCAAAUUAGCAACGGAAAACCACCCUCCAGAAUAUGCAGAGUACUCAUUCAAAAAAGUAAGAGCCUCCUCCUGAGUUGUUUUAUAAGAUCAAAUGUAUAUGGAUGCAGCUAUCAAGGAAAGGGAAAACAUGCACCUAGGGUUUGGAACAACUAUUAGAGAUUCAUGGGGCGCGACAUUGGCAGCUAACGAAAAACCAUGAAAGGGGUAAUUUUCAGCAAACAAAAAAACACAGAAGAUAUUGCAGGAUUUGCAGAGGAUAUUGCAGGAUUUGGCCUGGUCGUGCAAAACACAGAAGAUGAAUCUAUGGCUGCGAACGGGAUUUAGUUUAAUUUGGUUUGCACUUGUAUGUGAUUAUGGAGAGAACAUAUGGAUGGAGGAGGGUCCUUUGUGGAUCUUUCCGUACAUUGCAAGUAACUCUUCUGCAAUUGUAAUGUCUUCAUAUAAACAGAAUUUCAGUUUUGAGAUAAAAGAAAAUAGUAAUUAGGGUCUAGUCCACAGUUUCAACUCUUGUAAAAAAGCAAAAACUUGUACCAAAUAUUUGAUUAGAUGCGGUUUUUAGUUUCUCUA